AUGAUCGGCAUCACCUUUACCCUUCUGGCUCUCAUCAUCGGUCUCGCAGCAGGCUUGACUAUCCCCUCCGACAAUAGUGCCGUGUCUUCAGCCGACGUAUCCGACUUUCAAGGCCAACUGACGUUCUACAACCCUGCGAUGGGCGCUUGCGGUCAUGUUCACGGUGACAACGACCUUGUCAUGGCUAUUUCUCACGGACGCUUUGACGAGGUUAAUCCUUCCAACCCUAACAACAACCCGCUCUGUGGUAGGAAGAUUCGAGCUCACCGCGUGGACGAGCGCACUGGCAAGGACGCCAGCGUCAUUGUCACCAUUGUCGACAAGUGCAUGGCAUGUGCUUACGACGACAUCGAUGUCAGCCCUUCCGCGUUCGACAAGUUGGCUGACAAAGCCAAGGGCAGGGUCAACGUAGAGUGGUCCUGGGCCUGA